CACCUACUACAUGAACCCCAUAUGUGUAUACAUACCAUCUCAGAGAGAAAGAGAGGGUAAGCUGAAGUAAUGGCUAGCACCGUCCACUUCAAUUUUGUUGUUGUAACUCAGCCCUGUGCUUCCCUCUAUACUUCUUCUUCUUCUUCUUCUUCUUCAAAUUCCAAGCUCAAACUCCACAACCCUUUUUCCUCCCCCAGUUUUCCUCUUAUCCCACAUAAGUCUUCUAUUUCUCUCCGUUCCAAUCGAACCCUUCUCUGCUCUGGUUACGGGAACCCUCCGCUGUCCAAAGCCCCCCAUUUCCGGGUUGUGGGAUUAGCUAAGGCUGAGCCGCCAUUGAAGGUAAUGAUAUCAGGGGCUCCUGCAUCUGGUAAAGGUACACAAUGCGAGCUCAUCAAGAAUAAAUAUGGUGCGGUGCAUAUUGCUGCCGGAGAUUUGCUGAGAGCUGAAGUUGCUGAAGGAAGUGAAAAUGGGAAGCGAGCAAAGGAAUACAUGGAGAAAGGGCAGUUGGUGCCAAAUGAAAUAUUAGUCAAGAUGGUGAAGGAGCGUCUUUUACGGCCAGAUUCCCUAGAAAAUGGCUGGCUUUUAGAUGGAUAUCCUAGGAGCACAUCACAGGCAGCAGCUCUUCAGGAAUUUGGGUUUCAGCCUGAUAUUUUCAUUUUAUUAGAAGUUCCUGAGGAGGUUCUUGUUGAGAGAGUGGUAGGACGGAGGUUAGAUCCAGUUACAGGGAAGAUAUACCACUUAAAGUAUUCACCCCCUGAGACUGAAGAAAUUGCGGCCAGGCUUACCCAACGCUUUGAUGAUACUGAAGAGAAGGUGAAAUUGCGGCUGCAUACCCAUCACCAAAACAUGGAGGCUGUACUUUCAAUAUAUGAAGAUAUUACUAUCAAGGUUAAUGGAAAUGCCCCCAAGGAGGAGGUGUUUGCUCAGAUCGACACAGCCCUGGCAAAACUACUUGAGCAAAGGAAUGCCAAUUUGGGAUCUUUAACGUGUUAACACUGGAAAAAAGAAGACGGCCUAGUAAUCUGCAACGAAUACAGUGUAAUGUUUACCAAGAUGCAUUGUAAUGACUUCUUUAAAAGAUGAAAAUCUUUCAAUAAAGAUUCUGAAUUUUAGAGAAUCUGUAUAUUAGUUCAUAGUUUUUUGUUACACAACUAAUUCCCCCCUUUCUCCAAUAUGAUCUGUAGACAAGCACUACCAAACGUGGUGAUCGCUUUAGGACCUCAACUUA